AUGCGUGUAUUAGAAAAACAUCUUCGUGAUGAAGUAACAAAUCGUUGUAUAGAAUUUCUUGACGUUGCUAUUAAUUUUAUUCUCUAUAUUGAACAAAUUUAUUCUAAAGAUACGUUUGAAAAACGAAUAAAAUAUAAUCAAAUUGUUUAUGAAUGUCAAGAUGUUGAUGUACAAAAUUAUAUAUCUGAUUUUCUUAAUCAAAUAAAACCUUUAUUUCGUAAACAAUUAAUUGAUCAAAUAGGGUUUGUUAUUACUAGAGAUAAUGAAAAUGAUAUUUUACGUCGAUAUUUAAUUGAAUUACAUCCUAUUAUUGAUCAUUCAUCAAAUACAAUUCAUACAAAUGGAAAUUAUUUACUUGCAGAACUUGAUUCAAUAUUUUCAACAUGUUUAAUUGAAUUAAUGCGUCAAAUACCUAUUAGUCCACCGACAUCAUCAACCGAUGAUGAUAAUGAUCAAAUUCGUUGGAAAUUACAAAUGCGUUUAUGUCAUCAUGGAAAUAAUAAAUUUGAAGUUGAAGAUAUAUUCUAUGAACAAUUUAAAUUAACUACGAUUUCUCAAUUAUCUUUGAAACAAAUUAAAUCAGUUCAUGCACAAAGACUUAACAUUCAAUUAAUGUGUCAAGAGAAUAAAAUAGAACAAUGA